UUUGCAGGUUGUGUUGAGUUGCUGUAGAAGGCUGUGAUGGACGUUCAUGUACAGGUGAGUUUUACUCCUGCAGGUGCGCUGCGGCUGACAUGAGGCAGGUAACAUUUACCCUGAAGCCGAGGAGAUCCGUUUCAGAAAUACUGCACCCACAGGAUGAAACUGGAUAAAGAAAAGCAUGACAAAAGAGAGGAGAAAUAAUCCAAGCAUUCUUCUGAAGAGAGAGAAAAAGACUCGAAGCGGAAUGGAAAGCACAAAUCCUCCUCAAAGGUAAAAAUAUGACAGAAGUUCAUUAAUGAAGACUGAAUCACGUGUUUAAAAUCUAAAUUAUUCUGUGUUCUGAUUAGAUGAAACACUCCCUGUCAUCAGGAGAAGCUCAGUCUGUAGAUAUCAGGUGUAUGUGGAAUAUUCACUCUUGUUUAAUGAAAUUCUGUGUUAGUAGCCUCAUAUUCAUGUGUGUGUGCAGUGGAGUGAAAUGUGAAUCAGGAGAUGGUGACAUGGAUGUGGUGAGACCUCAUGAUUUAGUUUUAUUUUCAUUCUAGAUGACAUUUGAAUGGACUGAAAUGGCUUUAAUUUUUGUGAUCUGGUAUGCAGGAAAAUAAUACUUUAGUUCUUGAAAAUGUAAAUUGCAUGUGCAUGCUCAUUCUGCAGGAUGCUGAUGGGUCAUUUAAUGUCUGUUUAUUUCACCUGUGUGAUGCAUAACAUCUGACUUUGAGCCCUUUCAUGAUUCAGACAGAGGGCUGAUCUGUCAGUGCUGCUGUGGUUAUUGUCAGUGUUUGAUAGGUUUUGUGUUUGUACAGGAGGAUAAUGGUCAUGAUUGUGUGUGUGUGAGGUGACAGUAAAGGGGACCGACUGUGAGUCAGCGGGCAUCACUCGGGUCAGUCCACCGGUCAAGAUUAGAAAGAUGAAAAGACUAAAGAGAAACAUGACACAUGAGAUAAACAUCAAGAGUCUGUGAAGAAAAGAAAAAGUUCUGAACAUGACAAAUCAGAGAAGAAGAAAAAAUCAAGAGAGACACAGACGAGGACAAGAAGAAAGAAAAGGUGAAGAAAGAUGUCAAAAAAGACGAGGAGCCUUAUAGAACUGCUUUCCUUCAGGUGGGAAGAGGGAAAAUCAUCAGGCAGUCAGAAAUGGAGGAAUCUUGAACAUAAAGGUCCAUAUUUCCCUCCAGAAUAUGAGCCGCUGUCUGAUAACGUCAAAUUUUAUUAUGAUGGAAAGCCGGUGAAACUGAGUCCAGUCACAGAGGAAAUAGCAACGUUCUACGCUAAGAUGCUGGAUCACGAGUACACCAGGAAAGACGUGUUUCAGAACAACUUCUUCACUGAUUGGAAAGAGGAAAUGACUAAAGACGAGAGGAAGCUGAUCAAGACGCUCUCAAAGUGUGACUUCAGUGAAAUCCACAAAUACUUUGUGGAGAAGUCGGAGGAGAGGAAGAACAUGAGUAAAGAGGAAAAGCAGGUCCUGAAGGAGGAGGCCAGUCGUCUGACGGAGGAGUACGGUUACUGUCUGCUGGACGGACACCGCGAGAAAAUCGGAAACUUUAAGCUAGAGCCGCCGGGUCUGUUCCGCGGGCGAGGAGAACACCCAAAGAUGGGCAAACUGAAGAAACGCAUCCAGCCCGAAGACGUCAUCAUCAACUGCGGCAAAGACUCAAAGAUCCCUGAAGCUCCUGCAGGUCACCGGUGGAAGCGUGUUCAACAUGACAACACGGUCACAUGGCUGGCGUCCUGGCUGGAGAACAUUCAGGGACGACCCAAAUACAUCACGCUGAACCCCAGCUCCAAACUGAAGGGGGAGAAGGACUGGCAGAAGUAUGAAACGGCUCGUCAGUUGAAGAGGAGCGUGGACUCGAUCAGGAAGGAGUACCGACGUGACUGGACGUCCAGAGAGAUGAAGACCAGACAGAGAGGAGUCGCACUCUACUUCAUUGAUAAGCUGGCUCUGCGAACAGGUAACGAGAAGGAUGAUGAGUCCGCCGAUACGGUGGGCUGCUGUUCUCUGCGUGUGGAGCACAUCACUCUACACAGACACAUGGACGGACAGGAGUAUGUAGUCGAGUUCGACUUCCUGGGCAAAGACUGCAUCCGCUACUACAACAAAGUGCCAGUAGAGAAACAGGUUUUCAAAAACUUGAAACUUUUCAUGGAAAACAAGGACCCAGAGGAUGAUUUAUUUGACAGAAUUACAACGGUCUACCUCAACAAAACCCUCAACGAGUCUAUGACGGGACUGACGGCUAAAGUGUUUCGAACCUUCAACGCUUCGACCACACUGCAGGAUCAACUCAAUAAACUCACAGCAAAUGACAUGACGGUGGAGGAGAAGAUCUUGUCAUAUAAUCGAGCAAACCGAGCUGUGGCCAUACUGUGUAACCACCAGAGGGCAGCACCCAAAACCUUUGAGAAAUCAAUGCAGCUGCUGCAGGAGAAGAUCCAGAAGAAAAAGGAACAAAUUGAAGAAGGCAGAAAAGAGCUGAAAGCGGUGAAGAGAGCACGUAAAGACGCUCCGACGGAUAAAUCCAAGAAGCUGGUAGAAAAGAAGGAGAAGAUGGUUCAGAGAUUAUGUGAACAGUUGAAGAAGCUACAGCUGCAGGAAACUGAUCGUGAGGAGAAUAAGGUGAUCGCUUUGGGCACGUCCAAACUCAACUAUCUGGACCCUCGCAUCACUGUGGCCUGGUGUAAGAAACAUCACGUCCCCAUUGAAAAAAUCUAUAACAAAACCCAGAGGGACAAGUUCGCCUGGGCCAUUCACGUGACGGAGGAGCACUUCCAGUUCUGAUGCCUCACAAUGACACCUCUGAGAAUAUGUGUUUCUCUUUAUUUUCUACAGGUUGAAUGAUAUACUCAUUAUUUGUGUUGUGUGCUUUUAAUUUUCUCUGUUGUGUAAAAUGAUAAAACUUCUCUAGUAAAAUCUAA